GGGGCUCCGCACGUUUUUCGAGCUUCAGUCUCCACUGAGACGUGACACUGCACGGUUAGUUGUCGCGAGUGAAAGAUCCGAGGAAGAUUCCUGUUCAGGCGAGAUUUUCUCGAGGAGCGAUCUUCCUCUCUCGAGACAAUCGAUCUCGUGUAAUCCGCGAGUACAGUGGUGAACAGUAGUGUCGUCCACGUGACGGACAGGUGUCUUCGUUUUCGGAUAGAAAACGGAGGAUAGGAAAGAAAUUCGGAUAAUCUGCAAUUGUCAGAAUGAUGCAUGCUAUGAGCGAGCACGGCGUCGGUGUGCUGCCGUUCGAUGGGAUAGGGUUGUAUGAACAGCCACGACCACCCCGGUUGGUGUUCAAGAUGCCACGUGUUGUUCCUGAUCAGAAGGCCAAGUUCGAGAGCGAAGAGCUUUUCAGGCGAUUGAGCCGCGAGAGUGAGGUGAGAUACACAGGAUACAGAGACCGGCCGCUUGAUGAACGGCAAGUACGAUUUCAGAAUGGUUGUCGAGAGGGCCAUACUGAGAUCGCAUUUGCUGCGACUGGCACCAACCUUCAGCUGGUUUUCGGUAGCGCAUCCGGGAACUACUCCGUCGACCCAUGCGAUUGCGACUUUGACAAGGAACACGGCAAGGUGCAUCUGCGCUCACAUCUGAUCAUGAACGGCGUAUGCGUGAGGUGGCGCGGUUGGAUCGACCUGGAUCGACUGGAUGGUGUCGGGUGUCUCGAGUACGACGAGGAGCACGCUACUGAAGAGGAUACGCUGCUUCGCGAGCAGAUUGAACGCUACAACCAAAGGUUGCGCGAGUUCGAAGAGAAACAACGGGUGUACCGUAGUGGUCCGGCCGCAACAGCGGUGGGACAACCGCCCCAUUUGAACCAUCACUACCAUCACGACACGCAUCACGCCACCAGUCACCAUCACCACCAUCACGGCCACCAUAGCCGGCACGUGGGCGCGGGGGUCACUGGCGCCACGGCGACCGGCAUCGAGCCUCAUCUGCCACACCGUCAGGAUCCCGAAAUGGAAGUCCGACUGCGUGCUUACUGAAGCACUUGCCAGUUCUAACAUAGCUCCAUUCGCUUACGAAGAAAUGCCGCCGUGAUGCGCGAUCAAACUCACUUCCUGUGUAUGUCCUGAAUUCGCGUUUCUUUUCAGUAUGUUUCAUCGUACGCACGUCGACGUGAUGACCGCAGGCAAUCUGGAGAUGGAAUUUGGAGUUGCGUACGAGUAAGCAUAUCUUUAGUUAAAGAUGACACAGACUAUUCUUUAAAUCUAACAUAUUUCUCAAAUUUCACAAACUGAAAGAAAUUCAACGAAUUAAUUUAUCGCGGUAAUAAAAUUUGUUAGUAAUAAAUCUGAUGCAUCAACGCGAUUACUUGAAAAUUAAUGCGCAGCCGUUAUCAUAUGGACAUUACAUGCUAAUAACGUAAAUUUAAUGUAAUUUUUUAAUUCGUUCGUUCCGUGAAACAAUGAUAACGUCGUUGACUUACGACGGUAAACGUUGUAGAACAGGUCGUUGCGUGCAUCAGAAAACGCGGCUGUUUUGUGUCUUUUUAUGAAGAAUAUUUUAUAUUUUACAAUAUUUAAUAUUUUUUAAAUUAUUUUUAUAUGGCAUUUUUGAACAUUUUUAAAAUGAAUACGAUUAGCAUGUCCAUGCUAUUUAAUUCAGCUUUAUACGAUUUGAUUUUACUUUAUACGAUUUAUAUUAAAUAUUUUUUUAAAUUGAAUAAUAAUUUUCCUCAUUUAAUUUCCUUGUUAAUCUUUUAAUCGACAAGACUCAAGAUCGCCGCGUCUCCUUUCGUGAUCCUCGCAUAUAAAUCGCAAGCAGAGUCACAGCGGCAUCACGAUGAUGAUUACGUAACGAACGGCGGCGCGUCAUUGAUGAAAUGCAUGAAUCACGGCGAUUCUCAGCAUUUGGUUAGCGAGUAUGAUGAGUCACUGAUGGGUCGUUGCGUCCACUGCAUUUUAUUUUUAAGUUUAAUGCGUGAUUGUCGUAAAAUAACUCUUUCGUUACAUUGUACAUAUUUGUAAAGAAUUUCUAGAUUAAAAGUAUCAUUUGCGAUGGAUUUUCUGCUUGUUUCGUCCUUCCCCUGCGCCACAGCGAAAUAUCUUGUGCAACUGUAGAGAACAUAUUGUCAUUAUACGGCGCACAAUUUAUUAAUAUGUUCCGAUCGUAUCGAUAGAUAUUAUUCCAUCUAUUAUAUUUUAUCAUAUUAAGCGACACGAAGUGAUAACGUUAAUUCUAAUGUUUCCAGUGAUAUAGGAAUUCGUGAUAUGUAUUAUAAUUAACGCAAAUAAUACCAACAUUUUUAA